AUGGUCGACCCUCGUGGAACAACCCCACCACCCACCUCUCUGCUCACAGUCUGCCUGGACAAAGAUUCAAGCGAACCGCUGGUGGUCGCCAUCUCGUGCUCAGCCGUGUUGGAGGACGCUGCCGAGGGUGACAGAGAUGACCACAGUUUGGGUGUGGCCUUUCCACUGCUGAUGGCCCUGCAGAGCGUGAAUCGGCAUCUGCUGGCAGCGAAUUCUGCAGAAUCGUUGCUUUUUGACGUGCUUCUCAUAACAACAGACGAAUGUCAGCAGCAACAGAGCGCACGCAUUGUUAGCAGCACCAAACAUCAUGGUCUAGAAGUAAGCAGCUUCUGCUUUUCGGGCAGGGAGGACUUCGUGGAGAGCUUGCUUGAAAAUCAAGUGCAACUCUUCCUGACCACGGAACCACGGGAAGCGUCGCAGGCAUCGCAAAGAGGCAUUCUGUCGGCGCUGUUGGGCCGUCAAAGUUGGUCAAGCUCCUCGGAGCAGCUUCGAGUAUUGUUUUGCGACAAUGACAUCAUCACAACAACACCCGCCAACCCAAUCCCAGCCGCCCAGCGUUUCUGGUCCCAACUGGGUUCAAUGCGAGAACGUUUUGGUGUCCUGGACAGUCCCGUCAGCAUUUUGGUGAUGACAGCACACGGCGGACGCCAAAGGUUGGGCGACGCCUUGGCGACGCUUCGCUCCCGCGGCCUGAAUGCCGACGAGGCCCAUUGCCUGGCUGGGGCGCCUCGGGGGCCCAUCCUGGACUUGCUCAGGCCUCAUUUCCUGCUUAGUGACGGUGGCCUGGAGUGA